UCAGCUGACGUCAUAAGUUUAUGCAAAUUUGGUUUCCGCCAUGUUGGUGCCCAUGCGAGGUGUGAAAUUAUAUGGAAAUGUAUGCCAUUUCUGAGCGCUCGCGUUCAAAGUCUUCAAAUAAUUCAUCUUUCCAAUGGAUAUUUCCCAAGAAAACGACCCAAAAUCACAAGGUCAGAUACCAGUGCUUUCAUCCUACGCAAAUAACCUCGAAAGCCACGUCCGAGAGCGCUAUUUGAAGAAAAUUUCUGUGGUUGGCGUAGAUCCAGCGGCCAUACCGAGCGAGCAGUUCAGUUCAGAAUGUUUGCCUCCUAUAGAAGUCUCGGACUUGCUGUCCUAUUUAGUUUUGGAGACAAGCUAUUACACAAACAAGCAGUUCAAGGCCUUCAAAAGUUUGGAGGCGUACAAUCAGAUGGUUUCUGGAUUUGUUGCGUCAGUUCAAGGGAAAGAAAUAGCGGGCAAGAUUGUUGUUGUGGCCAAGGUGAGACAUUCGCAGCGAAUGAACGAUCCUCUUGUGAACAUUUGGAUCAUUGUAGAAAAGGACGGCACCAUUAUUUCUGCCCAUUGCUUAGGCUGCAAGGCAGGACUAGCUGAAUCCUGUUCCCAUGUAGCGAGCGUGAUGUUUUACAUCGAAGCUGUGACACGGAUUCAAGGAAAGCUCGCCUGUACUCAAACAAAAUGCACGUGGAUUUUGCCAACAUAUGUCAACGAAGUACCAUAUGCAAAGGUAAGGGACAUUGACUUUUCCUCGGCAAAAAAACUCAAAAGCUCGCUUGAACAGAAAAUCGAGACAUCACAUCAAAAUACUGGCGAAGGAAGCAAAAUCCUGGACGAACGGUGUGAUCAAACAUUUAUAUCUAAUGCGAUUCCAUCAGAUGGGGAAAUGCAGCAGGUCUAUGCCAAGCUAAACGCUUGCAAAAUCAAAGCUGUAGCACUUAGCUUAAUUGAUCCCCAUGCUGACCAAUUUAUUGAUGAAAGCCGCACACUGCCAAUCAUUCCUGAUUUAUUUGAAACGAAAAAUCUUGAGCUGGAUUACCCGGAAUUAAUCAAAAUGUGUGUUGAGGUAACAUUGGGUGUUUCUGAGGAACACAUCAGAAAAGUAGAAAUCAGCACACGAACUCAAGCAAGUGGUUCUGGUUUUUAUAGACAUCGUGCUGGUAGAAUUGGUGCAUCUCAGUGCUUUUCAGCCUUUCACACAAACCUUGCCCAGCCCUCCCAGUCUUUGAUAAAGACAGUUUGUUAUCCAAGCCUCUAUAAAGUCAACACUAAAGCUACGAGGUAUGGGCAGAAGCACGAAGUCGAUGCCAUAAAGGCAUAUGAAGCAUCCAUGAAAGCUCGUCAUGUGAACUUAGAAGUCAAGAAGUGCGGGUCAUUCAUCAACCAAGAGAAUCCAUUUCUUCAUGCCACUCCUGACUUUCUCGUGUCAUGUGACUGUUGUGGAAGUGGAUGUGGGGAAGUUAAAUGUCCAGUAGUCAUCAUUGACAGCAACUUUGAUGACUAUGUUCAACAUAAAAAUUCCUGCCUGGAAAAAGUAAAUGGGAAUUUACAGCUGAAACAGAGCCACAGCUACUACUAUCAAGUACAGCAGCAGCUUUUCUCAGUUCCAGAUCUUCAGUAUGAUGACUUUGUGGUGUAUGCCAUUGAUAAGGCAAAAAACACUCACUUGUUUGUGCAGCAUGUAUAUCCAGAUGUGCAGCACUGGAACUCUGUUUUGCCUAAACUAGAAACUUUCUGGAGAAUAUGCAUUCUCCCAGAGAUUUUGGGACGGUGGUACACCCGAAGGUGCACACUACCACCUACAUUACCGAGCAAGGAUGCCAUUUGUUUUUGCCGAAGAGAAAGAGACGAGGACAGCAUUUUGUGUAGUAACAGUGACUGCCCUUAUCAAAGGCUUCACCCUUCUUGUCUCUCUCUCACCUCCAUUGCAAUGCCAAAGACCUGGUACUGCCCUCACUGCUGCAGACUGCCUCAGUUCAAGAGGAAAGGGAAUACCAGAAAAUCCCCAAGACCUACUGUUGUGUCAGAUCAAGCAGUAAUGAAACAUGACAGCAUUUGUAUUUGCAAGGCAAAGCCUACCCCUACAGACAAGUUAGUUGAGUGCCAUGGAGAAAGCUGCACAAAUGGAAAAUACUUCCACCUUGCUUGUCUUGGUUUGAAGCGAUAUCCAAACAAUCACAGAACAACCUGGAAAUGCCCUCCAUGCAAAAAGGUCACCCCUGCCCAAGCUAAUGACACCUUUAUCACUUGUUCUUCUUCAUCAGAUUCCUCCAGUAGUGAGGAUGAAAGUGAUGUUGUCAUUACGAAAGUCCUCCAGGGUGAAACUGGUAAGACCAGUGCAUUAGCAAAUCUAUCGGACAACCAUUUUGAUUUAAUUGUUAAUCCUACUGGAUGGCUGGACUGUGAUAUCAUCCAACAAGCCCAUGUAUUAUUAAAACAGGAGAAUCCGACAAUCGCAGGUUUUCAGCGACCGACACUUGGCCCCGUUAGAAAUUUUGAUGUUGUUAGUGGUGAAUUCGUUCAAAUUUUGCACACUGGGAACGAUCAUUGGGUGUGUAUUAGCUCAAUAGGAUGUGUGCCUGGACAUGUAAACCUUUUUGAUAGCCUCUAUCAUGACUCAGUCAUUAUUCAAGAAGUAGAGGAACAAACAAAUGAUUUAUUAGGGGGACGCUUGAUUGCUCUUGACCCAAAGCCAGUGCAGCAACAAACAAAUGGCAGUGACUGUGGGGUUUUUGCAGUUGCAUUUGCUACCU